GUCGGGACCGACGGUAACGGGACCAAGCUCAGGACGAGAAACAGUGGAGAAAGUCGGGGUCGGGAUGGGUAAACGGGUAAAGGAGAAGGGAGUAUUGACUGUGGAAGGAUUUUCAGGAAGUCCGCCGACGACGGCGCAGGUGAGGCAGUACACGACGGAUGAGAUAAGGAGAGCGACGAGGAAUUUUGCGGUGAAAAUUGGAGGCGGAGGAUUCGGCCACGUGUUCAAGGGGAUGGUCAAAUGCCCGCCAAACGUCCAUCAAUGGGUGGCGGUGAAAAAGCUGUCGAAUUCUUCGCGCCAAGGUAUCACCGAAUUAGUGAAGGAGAUCCAGAUCCUCCCUCUGCUUCAUCAUCGGCACUUGGUGAGAUUGCUAGGUUUUUGUAAUGACGACACGUGUCAAGCAUUGGUGUACGAGUACAUCGGGAACGGCACGCUGCGCGAUCAUCUACACCGCGCCAAGGCCGGCUAUGUCCUCCCUUGGAGCGCUAGGAUUUCCAUCGCCCUCGACGUUGCCAAUGCCAUCAGCUACUUGCAUCUCCACGUGGAGCCCGCCGUCAUCCAUCGCGACAUCAAGCCGUCCAAUAUCUUGCUUGAUGAGCGGAUGAACGCCAAGCUGGCGGACUUCGGAUUGUCGAAGUUGUUAGCGGAGGGGGAGGAGUUCACCCACAUAACGACGGACAUCAAGGGCACGGCAGGGUAUCUUGAUCCGCAGUAUUUUUUGACACGUCAGCUGACAGAUGGCAGUGACGUGUACAGCUUCGGAGUGGUGUUGCUGGAGAUUAUCAGCGGGAGACGACCCGUCGACGCAUCACAGAAAAAGCACUUCGACCUGGUAAAGUGGGCGAGGGAAGAAAUGAGUAACGACAAUAUAAGGAACGUUCUCGACAGCAGGAUCAAGGAGGGAGAGUAUUCGGUGGAGUCUCUGUGGCAGAUGGCCGAGUGUGCAAUCACGUGUUGUGAACCGUUCGCGGCGAAUCGCCCGAAGAUCUCCGUAGUUGUCCGAACACUGCAGGAAGCCAAAGAAUUCCAAACGAAAGCCGAUAGUGCGAGAAGGAGAGGGGCAACAGCUGCAGCGGGAGCAGCAGCAGCAGGAGGGGGAGGAGGAGGAGGAGGAGAAGGAAUUGCAACGGGAGGAGGAGGAGGAGGAGGAGGAAUUGCAACGGGAGGAGGAGGAGGAGGAGGAGGAAUUGCAACGGGAGGAGGAGGAGGAGACUCGACGGUAUCAACGUUAACGACAGACGCCGCUACGAGUAAUUCGGUCCCGCCGUACGGCCCUGGAGCACCGGCGCAUCCGCGUGCAGUCUUCGAUUCGCCCGAUACCGAAGUUGAGGCUUGCAAGUUUCGAUUCGUGGGUGACCAAAGUGUGUGGAUUGCAAGCUCCGUUCGUGCAGUACUCAAACUCUGUACGUUACAAGGUAUGGAUCAGUCGCAGCAGCUGUCGGGACGCCGUCCACCAUCGCCUACAGACUCCAUCAGGCAAGGAAGCUUUCAUGCAAACCCUUUUCAUCAUUGCAUCCCCGGGCAAGAGCAGAAAACCAUUGGCGAAGGGGCAGAUGGAGGUCGUAUGAUGGCUGGCAUGCCGUACGACCUGCCGCCUCUUCCAACAUUCACACACAAGUAUGCCCCGCUUUGUGGUAGGAGGGAUGCUAGCAUGGGUGAGGCCUGGAGUGCGGUCACUGUCGACAUCGCUGGAACGCAGGCUGGAGGACGUGGUGCACGAGUUUCGGAGGACGAAACGCACGUCGUCAGCGAUGAUAACCCCGUUCAACAUCCAGGAGAAAGAGCUUCAUCAUCCACCGUAGGUGGUGACGUUGGAGGAGGACAGGCGGCGGGGAAGGGGAAGGUGCACAAUCCUAACUGGGGAACAGGCGAGACCAUGAUGCUCCUGAAGUUGCUAUUCGAGGAAGACGCUCUGCAGCAGCAGAGAGGAAGGAGGCAGAAAAUGAAAACAAGGAAGGAGAAGUACGAGUGGAUCGUUGCCCAGCUGGUUGCACAAGGAUUCGCUAAACGUUCGAUUGUGGAUUGUGAACGGAGGAAGGCAGUUGCGAGACCUUGGUUCACUCGGAAGAUCUUGUGGGAGGCCAAACCAGCGGCGUCACUGAUGGUGAUGAAACGUCUGGCGAAAGUGACAGUGCCGGACAGCGAAGAAAAGCGGGGAGUGACAGCAGAGAGCAAGAAAAAAGCCGCAGCGGCGUCACUGAUGGUGAUGAAAUGGCUGGCGGAAGUGACAGUGCCGGACAACGAAGAAAAGCGGGGAGUGACAGCGGAGAGCAAGGAAAAAGCCGCAGGGCCGGGGGAGGGCGAGGGAAGAGCCGUGAACAGGACCCCCACUCCCCAGCUUGUGCCAGCAUGGGAGGUUCGUUCACGGAUGUUGCGCACACAUUGGUGGAUCCGAACGAGAGGACUUCAGACAAGAUUGCCGGCAGUUUCGUGUAGGCGAUGGACGGGCUUAACAAGACAAUGGUCGAAAAGCCGCAGCGGCGUCACUGAUGGUGAUGAAACGGCUGGCGGAAGUGACAGUGCCGGACAACGAAGAAAAGCGGUGAGUGACAGCCGAGAGCAAGGAAAAAGCCGUAGGACCGGGGGAGGGCAAGGGAAGAGCCGUGAACAGGACCCCCACUCCCCAGCUUGUGCCAGCAAAGGAGGUUCAUUCAUGGAUGUUGCGCACACAUUGGUGGAUGCGAACGAGAGGACUUCAGACAAGAUUGCCGACAGUUUCGUGCAGGCGAUGGACGGGCUUAACAAGACAAUGGUCGAAGGAAAUGCCACACUCCUACAAUGCUUCACGAUGCUCUCGGGGAGGUUGAUAGAACAAGCCCAUGAGCUGGCAAGAAAGCGGGGCCUUCUGUUCGAACGAGUUUCGAAGAUGGUGGAGGAGAUGAAGCGGUUGCGCGCAGAAAUUGACAACGAGAAUGUGAAAGAGGUCAUGGCGGUCUCGAAAGCGGAGGCUGCGGAACGCACCAUUGAAGUAUUGUGGGAGGAGGUGUUGCGGCUGCAGCAGCUGCUGACCACUGUUGAAGGACAGGACAAAAAUUCGCCAAAGGUGCGAGGAUGUACCCUGAGUGGCGAUCAUAGCCUUGCCUCUCGAUGGUAUGGAGGAGUAGCGAGUCUCGUCGUGUCCAUAUCGGCCGUGCCAUCUCAGAGUGCACCCCGUUGGCAUGGCCACCGACGUGUCGUCACGCCCCCUUCGAUCUGCAGGCCAUCUACCAUCGAUGGGUUAUCUCCCAAUGCCAAUUGUCAUCAGGCCACCGCUGUUGCUGAGCAGUUAAGGAGGGCAAUGGCUGUGGAACCAGAUGCAUGAUGUGGCGUUCACUCUGCAAAUUGCCGGAUUGUAUUUAGGAUAGUGUGUAACGACGGACAGGAUAAUGUUUUUUUUUUUUUUUUUUUUUUUACGGUUAGGUCGACACUCUGCGCUCGUGAAGAUAGUUUCGUGCGUCGCAUCCGGUGGCGACUAUCGUUUUGCAGAUGUCCCAUUUCAUUCGGUGCUCUGGUGUUGUCAACCGGCCGGGGGGGGGGGGGGGGGGGGGGGGUUGGCUGGGGUGGAAGGUUUUGGUUUUUAAGUUAGGAUUCGUUCAUUGCUGUAGGACUUGCAUGGGAGCGUUUUGGACUGUCGGUUUUCGAUGGGCAGUCUUCGUUGCAGCAAUAACGUGUUUUGAAUCUCUUUUGCUUUGAUUUCUAUUUUUAUAUGCUCGACAGUCACAAUGUGAUCCGUUUCGAGUCUCUAUAGGCAGGUCACCUAUGGUUUGGCCAUUUGUCGUUUGAAGAUAAACGUUUUGGAGUAGU